AUGACGUCGUCCUCCUCCUCAUCGCGAACCAAGCGUGCGACCACGACCUCAUCACUGUCAAAUGAACAAGAGGCUGAUGAUAUGCUCAGCAUGUAUGACCUACUAUUGGAGAAAAAUCAACAAAUCGUUGCCGUAUAUCUUCUGAACAUUCAAGAUUUCCUUAGCACAUUUUGCAUUCAGUUGGAUGAAACGUCGUCGCGUAUUAUGAGCGCAAAGGGUAAUGGAUACACAACAAUACAAGCGCAAAGUCUUGUGCCAGGUGCGCAGAAUUUUUCGAACUCAUCGUAUACAAUAGCUGGAGAGAUUACAAAAGUGGUUGAGGAGGGCAAGCCCAGAUAA